AUGGACGCUUACUCAGUCUCGUACACCAGCCCUUCCAACCGCAGUACUUCCCGUAUAUACCAGGACCUUGAAUCCUGUCGACUUCAGAGCCUCUUUGGAAUCGGCCGAGACAGACUCCUGCUCAGAUCCCUCACCAUGGACUCAUUUGCGCGGCGCAAGCAAUCCGAGUCAGGCCCAAGACCACACAUCGUCAUCGUCGGCGCUGGCCUCGCCGGUUUGCGCUGUGCCGAUAUCCUAAUCCAACAUGGUCUGUUAGUGACCAUCAUUGAAGGCCGAACCCGCCUCGGCGGACGUGUAGUCCAGGACAAGCUGCCGAAUGGAUACACCGUCGACCUGGGCCCCAACUGGAUCCACGGCACCGACGACAAUCCCAUCCUUGACCUCGCCAAGGAGACAGACACUGCCGUCGGCAGCUGGGACCAGAGGUCACAUAUGGUCGACGAGUCCGGAGUGCUCCUCGAUCUGGACGAUAGUGAAAACUAUUCCAGCAUCAUGUGGGGCAUCAUCCAAGACGCCUUUCAGCACUCCAACAAGAACACUGCUAGCAUUGAUCCCAACGAAAGCCUCUGGGACUUUUUCCAGGAAAAAGUGGUUGAGAAGAUACCCGAUACGGAGGAAGACUACGAGAAGAAGCGCUCCAUUGUUCUUCAAGUUGCUGAAUCAUGGGGCGCCUUCAUCGGAACACCGGUCCAGACCCAAAGUCUCAAGUUUUUCUGGUUGGAAGAGUGUAUAGACGGCGAAAACCUCUUCUGCGCCGGCACCUACGAGAAGAUUCUCGAGAGAGUGGCAGAGCCGGUAAGACACAACGCGGACAUUAUGUACGAUGCUCGCGUUACCAAGAUAGAGCUCAAGACGGCGGAUCGCCCGAAACCUAGGGUUCAAACCGAUACCGGCCACGUCCUGGAGUUUGACGAAGUUGUCAUGACGGCCCCCCUGGGCUGGUUGAAAAAGAACCUCGGCGCAUUCGACCCGCCCCUGCCGGAACGGGUCGAGCGCGGCAUCAAGGCCAUCGGCUACGGAUGCCUCGAGAAGGUCUACAUCACAUUUCCUAAUGCGUUCUGGCUCGUCCCCGAGGAGGAGGGCCGGGGUGUAAAGGGCUUCUGCCAGUGGCUGGCCCCGACAUACUCGGCCAAGUCGAACCCGCAGCGGUGGAACCAGGAGAUCGUCGAGCUGGCCUCGCUGGGGCCGGACUCGCACCCGACGCUGCUGUUCUACAUCUUUGGCGACGAGUCCAAGUACAUCACCGAGGAGGUGGCCAAGCUGAAGACGAUACCCGAGAGGAACUACUUCCUGUACGAUUUCUUCAGGCCGUACUACUCCCGGCUGCCGGGCUAUGACGCGACGUCGCCCGACUGCAGGCCCACGGGCUGUCUGGCGACGGACUGGCUGCGCGACGACCUCGCCGGCAACGGCAGCUACAGUAACUUCCAGGUCGGGCUGGAGGAGGGCGAUAAGGACGUCGAAGCGAUGCGCGAAGGCGUGCCGGAGGGCGGACUGUGGCUGGCCGGUGAGCACACGGCGCCGUUUGUCGCGCUGGGUACGGCUACUGGCGCGUACUGGAGCGGUGAGAGCGUCGGCAGGAGGGUAGCCGAGGCGUAUGGGAGGGCCAGCAGCCAGGAGGGUUGA